AUGCGCCUUCUCAGGGUGUCAGACUUGAAGCUGGUUGAGUUCAUGUCUGAUAAUAUCCCUCCGUACGCCAUCCUGUCGCAUACCUGGGUCCAUGAUCAAGAGGUGAUCUUUGAGGACAUGCUCAGCGGCACUGCGGAAAACAAGCCAUGCUUUACCAAACUCAAAAAGACAGCAGAACAAGCUGUCACUGACGGCUUCGAAUACGUGUGGAUCGACAACUGCUGCAUCGAUAAAAGAAGCAGUGCGGAGCUGUCCGAAGCCUUGAAUUCUAUGUAUGCCUGGUAUCAAGCCGCCAGUAUAUGCUACGCCUAUUUAUCCGACGUACCAACAGAUGUUCGUAUUCAUGACAGAGAUUCUGAAUUCGCUCGGUGUAGAUGGUUUACUCGCGGGUUCACGCUCCAGGAGCUAUUGGCACCACGAGAAGUGGUCUUUUUUUCCUCCGAAUGGAAGGCCAUUGGAAGGAAGACAGAGCUAUACGAAGUACUAUCCACAAUCACGGGUAUCGGAAUCCAGUAUCUUUCCCAGGAGGUCCCGCUGUCCUCGGCGUCGAUCGCCAGCAGAAUGUCCUGGGCAGCAAAAAGAAAUACAUCUCGCCCGGAGGAUGUCGCAUAUUGCCUCCUGGGAAUAUUCAACAUACACAUGCCCCUGUUAUACGGUGAAGGGGAGCGAGCAUAUAUCCGGCUCCAAGAAGAGAUCAUGCGUCAGUCGGACGACCAUUCAAUCUUCGCAUGGCGGGAUUUAGAUGCUCUUCCGAAUACCCUCCAUGGUCUACUGGCCCGUUCACCAAGGCAUUUCAGCUUCUCAGGGAAGUUCAUUCCGUAUAGCAACUGGGAGUCUCUUCCUCCCUAUGGAAUGACGAAUCGUGGUCUGCAAAUUGCCCUAUUUCUCAAGAAAUGUUAUGGGGACGAAGACAACUACGUUGCAGCUAUAAAUUGCCCUGUACCACCAAGCUACAAGGACGGUACCUUCUUGGCCAUAUUCCUUAAAAAGCUGUCAUCCGGCGAUGAGCAGUAUGUGCGGUCAAAUAUAGGAAGUUUCGCACACAUUCAGGACAGUCGCGGAGAUCUAAAAGUAAUUUUCGUUCGACAAUCUUUGCAGAAUUCCUCCUUGUCAGCGGGAACCGGUGUCUAUCCGUACCAAGUGGCCCAGCUCCGAGAAGGCCCUCAGUCGUAUUACAAGCAAGUAAACAUUGCCUAUGAAGCUGUGAGAGCCAUUGCACCCGAAUCAGUGGUAUCAAGCCAAAAGAAUCUUCAGCACUUCAGAUCAACACUUGGCGACCCUGCCAGAACUCCAGAAUUUCUCCUUAAGGCUCAGAAGGCCCGCGAAGAUUGGUUACCCAAAUAUUUUCAUAAUGAGUUUCCGGUGCCUAAAGUGGCGAGCAAAUUAGCAGGCGCUAUCGUUUUCGAAAGUUCUACGGAAACACAGCGUGUCUGUGUAAUGAUUGGAUCCAUGAGAGGAUUCGAUGUCGGAUUUGACGCGAUCGAACUCUCACAGGACAUGCUGCUAACAGAACCACCGCAUCAGGCACUCGACAUGCUGCAGCAACGGUUCAAACCAAAACCUGAGCAUGAACUAAUUGUUUUGGAAAGGACCUGCUGUUACAUACAUGUUGGUCUCUACUUGCAUCGAGGGGUCAAGUACUACAUGGUGGACGUGACCGUGAUGGAUUCCGGAAAAGUCGACAAUCUCGAACCCACGAAUCCUAGUUUAAGUAGUGACUUUCAACGUUCCUCUUUUGUACCUCGGAUUCAAUACAACUGA